AUGAGCAAAGGACGUGGAGGCAAAUCCGAGGAGCGGAGGAUGCUGCGGGAAAGGGCUGCGCGCCGGGGACGGCGGCGCUGCUCCGGGGGCGCUGCGGGCGGGCGGGCGAGCGCGCCCCUGGCCGGCGGGCAGCGGGACUCCGAGGGCUCCCGAGCCCGGCGGCUCACAGGCACAGACGCGGCUGGGAGGGCACGCAGCCCGCCGGCGGCGCGGCGCACGCACGGCCCCCGCGCGGCACGGUGCGGGGCAGCGGCAUCUCCCGGCGGAGCAGCUCGAGCGGCGGCCGCGGCGGGCGGAGCGCAGGGGACGCCACCGCCGCCGCCAGCAGCAGCAGCGCCUGCGAAGCCCGGCGGCGGGCGAGGCGCGGGGCGCUCCCUCCUCUCCCCUCCUCCAGUCCCCACCCUGGCUCCCCCUCCUGCCGCGCCUGACCGGACCCCCCUGGCUGUCCGAGCCCUGCUGCCCGGCCCUCCCCGCGGUGACCGGAGAAGGAACCGACGGGCCCGGCGCCCUCCGCUGAGGCGGGGGCCGAGAUCUUCUCUUCAUCUCCUGAAAUCCGUAAGGGCCUGUGCAGCCAGAAAACACUUAGGUGCAAUGGAGGAUGGAGGUAAAGAUCACUGCACUGAAAUCAAGAGACUGGUUACAUCUGUUACCCUCCCCGAAGCCUCAGGUUUCUCAUCUGUAUGAAGGUCAUCGUCAUCAUAAAUACAAUAUUGAUAAAAACCUCAAUACUCAGGGAUUAAAUCAGGAGGAAGAAUGGCAUUUUGCAGGAUCACAGAAAUGUCCCAAC